GCUGGUGUAAACCGUCACCAACCAAAACACGGGAUACACGGGAUACACGCAGAUUACACCUUUGAUUGGUUAUUGGAGAGGCUUGGAGAAAAUAUCCCAUUUUGUCGAAGUCCGGGGGCGGGGCAUACCAAAAAGUAAUGGCCAUCUAUUUAGGGUCUGGCCAGGGGAUUUCUCGUCUAUCAUAGCUAUUCUAUAGAAUUCGCCGUUUGUAGAGCGAACAAGGUAAACAUCGUCACCAGUAUUAUUAGCCGUAUUCGUUAAUUGCAGUCGCGUUCGGUCUGAAUAUAGUUGAUAUAUCGCCUGAACUUGAUACACCAAUUUAGGGUUAACCAGCCAUCUAGCCACGCUAGCUAUCAUAUCAGCUCACCAGCCAACAUUUAGAACCUUCCUUGGGCGUGAUAGUUUGGACGUUUCGAGUCGAUCACAUGCGCAUAUUUGUAUAACGCAGUUAUUACACAGUAUCUCAUACCACAAGUCAACAUGGGAAUGAAUUUAUUUUCAAGAGAUUGACGACGACAAAACGGAUUACGGGCAAUUUGGUCUUGGAAAAAGUUGUACGCAGGAUUAAAGAUAUCUUUAUGGUUAAGAAGAGAGUUGCCAAGUCUUUAUCUCCCAUCUACAAAAAAGGGCAUGCCAAAAUCCCAGUAAUGGAGACUACGGCUGUGAGUACCACCACUCUGGCCAAUGAUGAGUUUGACAGGAACGUGCCGCGGAUCUGUGGUGUGUGCGGGGACAAGGCCUCCGGAUUCCACUUCAAUGCCAUGACCUGCGAGGGCUGCAAGGGCUUCUUCAGGCGCAGUAUGAAGCGCAAGGCCAGCUUCACCUGUCCCUUCAACGGCAGUUGCACCAUAACCAAGGACAACCGCCGCCACUGCCAGGCCUGCCGGCUCAAGCGCUGCGUGGACAUCGGCAUGAUGAAGGAGUUUAUUCUGACAGACGAGGAGGUGCAGAGGAAGAAGGACCUGAUUCAACGGAGAAAGGAUGAGGAGGCGCAGAGGGAGGCGCAGCGACCCCGGCUGAGCGAGGAGCAGAGCCAGGUCAUCGCCACGCUGGUGGAGGCUCACCACAAGACCUACGACGACUCCUACUCUGACUUCAACCGCUUCAGGCCUCCGGUCCGAGAAGGCCCAGUGACACGCAGUGCCAGCAGAGCUGCCUCUCUCCACUCUCUAUCUGAUGCCUCAUCUGACUCCUUCAGCCACUCUCCAGAGUCGGUGGACACUAAGCUGAUGAACUUCAGUAACCUGCUGAUGAUGUACCAGGAGCAGGGGGGCAGCCCGGAUUCCGACGACGACGGCUCCAAGCUCUCCAUGCUGCCCCACCUGGCCGACCUGGUCAGCUACAGCAUCCAAAAGGUCAUCGGCUUCGCCAAGAUGAUCCCUGGCUUCAGGGAGCUGACGGCUGAGGACCAGAUUGCCCUGCUCAAGUCGAGUGCCAUCGAGGUGAUCAUGCUGCGCUCCAACCAGUCCUUCAACCUGGAGGACAUGUCCUGGAGCUGCGGAGGGCCCGACUUCAAGUACUGCGUCAACGACGUCACUAAAGCGGGCCACACUCUGGAGCUGCUGGAGCCCCUGGUCAAAUUCCAGGUUGGCCUGAAAAAACUCAACCUCCACGAGGAGGAACACGUGCUGCUCAUGGCCAUCUGCCUACUCUCCCCAGACCGUCCGGGCGUGCAGGACCACGGGCGCAUCGAGACCCUGCAGGACCAUUUGUCGGAGACGCUGCAGGCCUACAUCCAACUGCACCACCCGGGCGGCCGCCUCGUGUACGCCAAAAUGAUCCAGAAGCUGGCGGACCUGCGCAGCCUGAACGAGGAGCACUCCAAGCAGUACCGCUCGCUGUCCUUCCAGCCCGAGCACAGCCUGCAGCUGACCCCGCUGGUGCUGGAGGUGUUCGGCAGCGAGGUCUCCUAAAUUAACACUUUUUGGUGACCUUUGAUGGAGUUGGAUGAGGUGGACGAAAGGUCAUAGGAGAGGUGGGGAGGAGAGUAUGAGGUGGGAGCUAUAGGAAUGUGGUUAGACGGACUGUGGAUGGUGUGAAUGUAAGUGUGUGAGUGAAGGUGUGUGUUGUGAGGGAGGGGGAGGGGGGGUAAUAGAAGUUUGUGUGUGUGUGUGUGUGUGUGUGUGUGUGUGUGUGUGUGUGUGUGUGUGUGUGUGUGUGUGUGUGUGUGUGUGUGUGUGUGUGUGUGUGUGUGUGUGUGUGUGUGUGUGUGUGUGUGUGUGUGUUAGAUAUUCCCUGCCUCGUGUGCUUGAGGAGCUUCGGUAGGUCAGGACUGGGACUGGGUACCUGAGGAGCUGUUGACUGGAACAUGCAAAGCGAUGGGGAGCGAAUUAUACAAACAAGGGAAUUUACUUCAGAACCAUACAUACAUGGAACUUCUGCCUAUAUUUGACAUGUACGCUUACCUUGGUAUUUAAGAGACAGUAUAUUGCCAAACAGUAUUGCGUCUUGUGUGCCGGUAUAUACAGUACACCGUGUGCUUUUUGUGUGUGUGUCAUGCAAGUGCUGCUUUUAUGCAUGGCGGUGUAUGGUCACCCAUACAUAUGAUCAUACACACGCACACACACACACGUAAGUACACUCACUUAUACAGUUGUUGGAGCUACCUCUGAUUUUCUCCUCUCUCAGUUUUUGUAUUCAGAAAUACACACAGCAUAGAACCUUCAAAAUGCAUGAUAACAUUUCAAUCGUGGAUAGCUGAUAGACACUAGGUCCUCACUGGAGCGAAAACAGUGCCUGCGAAGUAUUUCCACGUGUUUCUCUCAUCCUUUCUCCGGUUAUUCUGCUCAAUCGCUUCCCUCAAGGGCAAGUGUUUGAGUGUACGUAUACGCCGCAAAACGCACGUCCUUCACCUCUGCCAAAGGUAUUGUCCACGCUCUCUCUAAGCUUCCAGGCUUCUAGUGUAGCCACAUGAUGCCUUUUAUGUGCACACUCACCGUUUGUGCUAGCUUUUGCUAACUAGCCUCUAGGAAUUGAUGAAGGAAAUGUGUAUACUCUGAAUAGAUUCAUACAGCCUGAAGAAUAUUAUCUGUAACCUGGAAAUAGUUUGGUUGUGGAAUAGUGUGCGUGAGCUGUGGCUGUUUAGUCACUAAAACAAGCUGUCAAUCAAACCAAGCCAGAGCUCUGGUUGGUUGGUUGGUUUCUUUCUUUUGGAGGGGUUGGGGGGAAGGGAGAAUUAUGAUAGCUCUAAAUAGACUUAGCUACAACUUCUAUGUAUCACGAACACUGCUACCUGUACUCAAGCGUAUCUAUUAAUAUAUGUCUAUGUUCAAGUUAUACCACCGUUUUUAAAGGGCUACAAUGCCAAACUGACUGGAAAUGCAUAGUUAGGCCGGUUACUCUACUGUCUACGUCUUUUUGUAUUAUAGCCACAAACCAUGCAAGUUAUCUGGACAGGAUCUUAAAACAAUUCCAUGAAUUGUUCAUUUUUUUUCCCCUCAAAUGUACAGUUUUUAGUAGGUGGAGUGUUUCAAAGCUGCUUCUUCACAGAUAUCACCCCUUUCGUUUCCAACUCGGAAGUGGAAUUCUUUGAAAGAAUGUCUUGAGGACUCGGAUGGACCGUUUUCUGUUUCAUUUUUUGACACGUCCAAGUCCUCCGAUGUUGUAAUGCUGCUCAGCCCUCCAGUGGCUGUAUCCUGUAUAUACUACGUACCGAUACAAUGACCCCCGCAGCUGUACAUAGGGCUACAUAGAUAUUACUACUACUAACGCUUAGUAAGGAAAUUCUUGGAUUAUAUAUGCAAACAUGAUACUGAUGACCGUGUUUUACGACUUAUUCUCACUUUCUCUCUCUGAAACACUAUGCUUUCUCAACUUUUUUUUUUAUAUAUACACAGUACCAGUCAAUGUUUGGACACACCUACUCAUUCAAGGGUUUUUCUUUAUUUUUUACUAUUUUCUACAUCGUAGAAUAAUAGUUAAGACAUCAAAUCUAUGAAGUCAUACAUACGGAAUCAUGUAGUAGCCAAAUAAGUGAAAAUAUAUUUUAGAUGUUAGAUUCUUCAAAGUAGCCACCCUUUGCCUUGAUGACAGCUUUGCACACUCUUGGCAUUCUCUCAACCAGCUUCAUGAGGAAUGCUUAUCCAAUAGUCUUGAAGGAGUUCCCACAUAUGCUGAGCACUCGUUGCCUGCUUUUCCUUCACUCUGCGGUCCAACUCAUUCCAAUCUCAUUCCAAUCUCAAUUAGGUUGAGGUCAGGUGAUUCUGGAGGCCGGGUCAUCUGAUGCAACACUCCAUCACUCUCCUUGGUCAAAUAGCCCUGACACAGCCUGGAGGUGUGUUUUGGGUCAUUGUCCUGUUGGAAAACAAAUGAUAGUCCCCUAAGCGCAAACCAGAUUGGACAAUGUAUCAUUGCACAAUUCUAUGGUAGCCAUGCUAGUUAAGUAUGCCCUGAAUUCUAACUAAAUCACUGACAAUGUCACCAGCAAACCACUCUCACACCUCCUCCUCCAUGCUUCACAGUGGGAACCACACAUGCGGAGAUCCGUUCACCUACUCAAUGUCUCACAAAGACGCGGCGAUUGGAACCAAAAAUCUCAAAUUUGGCCUCAUCAGACCAAAGAACAGAUUUCCACCGGUCUAAUGUCAAUUGCUCAUGUUUCUUGGCCCAAGCAAGUCUCUUUUUCUUAUUGGUUUCCUUUAGCAGCGGUUUCUUUGCAGAAAAUUGACCAUAAAGGCCUGAUUUCACGCAGUCUCCUCUAAACAGUUAAUGUUGAGAUGUGUCUGUUACUUGAAGCACGAAGCAUUAUUUUGGGCUGCAAUCUGAGGUGAAGUUAACUCUAAUUGGGUUUAUCCUCUGCAGCAAAGGUAACUCUGAGUCUUCCUUUCCUGUGACAGUCCUCAUGAGAGCCAGUUUCAUCAUAGCCCUUGAUGGUUUUUGCAACUGCACUUGAAGAAACUUUCAAAGUUCUUGUCUUAAAGUAAUGAUGGACUGUCAUUUCUCUUUGCUUAUUUGAGCUGCUCAGCCCUCCAGUGGCUGCAUCCUGUAAAUACUACGUGUCGAUACAAUGACCCCCGCAGCUGUACAUAGGGCUACAUAGAUAUUACUACUACUAACGCUGUCAAAGCUGUCAUCAAGGCAAAGGGUGGCUACUUUGAAGAAUCUAACAUCUAAAAUAUAUUUAGAUUUUUUUAAACACUUUUUUGGUUACUACAUGAUUCCAUAUGUGUUAUUUCAUAGUUUUGAUGUCUUCACUAUUAUUCUAAAAUGUAGAAAAUAGUACAAAUAAAGAAAACCCCUGGAAUGAGUCGGUGUGUCCAAACUUUUCUACUUAUAUAUAUAUAUAAAUUCAUCUAUAUAUGUUUGGGUGUGGGUGAGUGAUUGAUUGACGCAUUGGCUAAGGUUGUGUCGUCGAUGGGUGGUUGGCGCCUUUACUUUGGUUCGUCAUUUGGGAGAAAAAGGAUGUUAUACAAGCUGAAUAUACAGUGCUGCUCUCUAAUAUAAGCCAUAUAGAAGGAGAGAAAUACAAAAAAAAGCCAGUUUAAAGAAAUGUGGCUCGUAUUCAUUAGUAGCUAUUGAUUUCAUUGGGCUGUAGAUACACAAUUGAUAUAUCUAAUAUGUUGUUUCUAUGGCUCAGAUAUGCUAUUGUACUUGUAUAAAGUAGAACCAACUCAUAUGCUUUCGAUCUCUUCAUUCCCCUGUCCAUGCAAGAACCGUGUGUAAGGUCACCCAAGGGUGUGCAACACAUUGGCUGUGUGGAUUAGGUGAGUUCACCCAUACAAUGUAAAGCACUUCAUUCCAAUCCCUUAUUAUGAACUAUUAAGGCUACCCUACAGAGACCUUAAAGGUUUUUAGGGAGCACUUGUUGACCACAUUUAAUGUCAUUUCACCUGCUCCAGUGUUCAAAAUGACCUACAUGUGUAUGAUAUUGUAAAGCAAGUGAAUGGACACUGGGGACGCUUUCCCUGGACACAUUUUUAUUAAAUUCACGUUUAGUCCAGGACUAGGCUUAGCCUAAUCUGUGUGCCGGAAACUGGCCGAAGAGGCUAUAGCGAUAUCUUGGUUAAUUGUAAAGUUGCCCUUAUAUGCUGACCUUGGGUCAUUUCCCCCACUAAUGGUUAAGUUUAGGAUUGGGGAAGGGAGAAGCUGAGCCUAGAUCUAUACCUAGGGGUUACUUCUCCCCGGCGCCUAUAGUAUCUCCUUCUGUUUUAAUGGGCAUGACACAUUGACUUCCUGGAAUGUUUCAAUUAUGUCAGCCUAUAGCUGUGGCCUCGAAGCUAAGACACUGACAUCAUCUGGGGAAAUUGUCAAAAAGAGGCUAAAUGGAUUGCGUGAGUCGAGGUAGACGGCGCUCUAUUGUACAUCCUGUCCUUCAGUCCCUGUACGCGAGUGCCACUUCUGCUUCAACUGGACUCGUGAUUGGCCAAACAGAAACUACUGUGGCACUUAGUUAUGACAUCAUCACUGUAGGCUACAGAGAGGGCUAUUUUGUGGUCUUCUUGCAGGACGUGGGGGAAAACAAGGACUCUGUCUUCCUACUGUUGAAGGAACGUAAUCAGAACAUUGUGUUCUUAGCAGACAGUAAACCUUGUCAUUGCUUUAAGACAUCAACAUUAACAUUAAACGUCAGAUAGUGGACCACAACCUACUCCCUCACUCUCCCCCUUAUUGACAGUCAUUCAUUAUUUUGUUAUGUCCCCUCCCAGCUACCAUAGCAAAUGUUCCAUUGAAUGACUGCAGAAAAAUGUAUUUUUUUAGUGGAUUUUUAUCGAUUUAAGCUAUAGAAGUUGUAUAAAGGGAUAUUGUUUUGCAAAACACACUAAAUACCUAGUGUUAGGAAUUCACUGACAUAGGCACCUGAUGAUUCGUGGAAUUAUUUUAGUUCAUGCUGUUGAUUGACAAGUUCCUCUUUCUCGGGAUGUGUUUCAUUAAGGUGAUGGUAGGCUACAUGAUUCCUUUUACUCAGUACCACUCGUGUUCAUGUCAGUUUGGUGAAGGUUAGGGUGUGUUGCGAGGUUACGGUUGUUAGAUGACUUGUGCAUUUUGGGCGGUUUUGGUUUUUAAUUUCCUUUCCACAUGCAUAUCUCUGUGUGUACAUAAAGAGAGUUGAUUGUUUUCAGUUGAUGAGAUAUAGAUAUACAGUAUUGAUUUUCGGUAUGUAUGUAUAAAGGCUUGGGUAUCAUGUAAGUGCCACAGGGCGGGAUGUUGUCACAAAUCUCCCCUUUAAAGAAGUACAGGGUAAGGAGAGGUCUCUCUCGCUCGCAUCUGGUUUGCACAGUUAUAGCUGCUCAAUAUCCAGUCAAACGGAGGGGAUAUUCCAAAACGCUUGAUGAAGAAAAGGCCUAAAGUGGCUUUAUGACCAUUGAUAUAAACUUUAGACUUUUCACCUAAUAAGCUGUUCAAUAGCAUUAACUAUGGUAAGGACGAGCAAACUCUGAAUGUUCCUUUCUAUAGAUUUUUGAUCAGUAAUCCAAAUUAAGCAUUUUUCAUUUUCAUUCAUCGACUUAGAAUGUCUCAAUUUUAGCUCUGACAUUUUUAGCGAACUCCCAAACUGGAACAUACAGGUAACUGCCAAAAUAAAGGAAACACUUGAGCAAAUGAGGGAUGCAAAGUACAUUGAAAGCAGGAGCUUCCACACCGUUGUGGUUCCGAAAUGAGUUCAGCAAUUAACAUCCCAUCGUGCUUAGGAUCAUGCAUAAAAAUGCCCAGUUACCCAUUAUUUUGGCUACCAUGGCUAGAAGAAAAGAUCUUAGUGACUUUGAAAGAGGUGGGUCUUUAAGGAGCAUAGGGUGUUUAAAGGGGGUGUGUGUCUCAGUCGCCAGAUCUCAACCCAAUUGAACACUUAUGGGAGAUUCUGGAGCAGCUCCUGAGACAGUGUUUUACACCACCAUCAACAGAAUUUCUCGUAGAAGAAUGGUGUCGCAUCACUCCAAUAGAGUUCCAGACACUGGGAGAAUCUAUGCCAAGGACCAUUGAAGCUGUUCUGGUGUCUCGUAGCAGUCCACCGCCCUAUUAAGACACUUGUUGGUGUUCCCUUUAUUUUGUCAGUUACCUUUAGGAACCAUUUAUUCAAUGAAAUUCAACUAGAAAUGUUGAGUUUAAUACAGUAGGCUAUGUCUUUUCUUGUCUUGUUUAUUUUUCUAUGUCAAACAGAGGGUGAAUGCCUACAUCACAGCCCAUGGUACACCAGCAUCAGCUAGCUUAACAGUCUCAUAUUUUAAGUUCUUAUGUAUAAAGGUUGUACAAAGCAAUUACCAUUACAAAUCCAGUUUGAAAAACGUUUCGAAAUUCAACUUACAAAUAGAUUUUUUUUUUAAUUUUUAAAGAAUAUUAUAUGAAUCGUUUUGAUUGAGUGAGAUUGCCUUUCAAUAAACGUUUUGAAUGUGACAGGGAUUGAUACACAGUACCGUUGAUUUUGACGUGUAGAUUUUUAUUUUGUUCUUCUUCAAACAUUAAAAGGAGUGCCCACAAUGGAUGUACACAACAAUGAUCUACCUCUUUUAGCUACAGAUUAUGCUUUAGCAUUAAAGCAGUUGCCUCUGUUUUUACUUUUGUAAUAUGUGUUGGUAUUUAUUGUUGUCUAAUGAAACACUUUGAUUACCUCAAAGAUGUCUCAUCAUGCAGACUGGGAGACUAUACAGCUAAUGAAGUCAUUGGUAUUUUUUAUUUUUUUUGUAAAGUAUUUUUCAACUAAAAGCAUUGCAUUUUUGAAGUAACGCACAAACCCCCUCCAGGGGUUGUGGUUUAAUUGUGCCUGCAUUCUGACCAAUGGGAUUCCAGGCUGGGUUUGGGUUGGCCGGGGUUGCGUUUCAUUCUAAUACGUGGUUUCCUCCCUUUUUUUUCUUAGUUCACUCGCAUAUCGCACGUCUGACACAUCAAUGUAAGAAAUACCUGCACCUGGUUUCCGCCAUAUUCGGCUUUCAUUGAAGGACAGAAGGGAGGGAGCAACAUCCUGGAAUGAAACGCAGCCAGAGACUUAACUGUGACCUCUGUAUAGAGAGAUCAUGAGUCAUAUGGUUUCGGCCGGAGAGUUGGAGUGUCUGCUCCUCUUGGCACAGUUGGAAUGGUCUUUGCCCUCACUAGAUGUCUCUCACUCUGUCCCCUUUCCCCAAUCCAUCUCUUCUCUCUCUCCUUCCCUCCUUCCCUCAGCUCAUUUUCUCCACUCUUAUCCCCCAGAACACAUUUUUAGAGUAGACUAUUCCAUAUAGAUCUUCAGAUUUUCAGGAAAGGGCAAAAGUUCUGAGAGGACAACCCUCAGUAUCCAUUUAAUGCUGCUUUUAUCAAGAACAUCACAGGUUGAUGUGAAUGUUGUUAUUCUUACUACCAUUGGCACGGUUGAGUAUCACCCAGCAGAAAUAUGCUAACCAGGACAUAGGAGGCCACAGUGUCGUGUUGUGUAGUUUUUGUAAAGCUGAGUAGUUUAGGUUGGUCUGAAGCUAGGGCAAGCUGGUUCUAGAAAAGCACACAUGGGGCAAGUUCCUAUUUGAACAAUGUGGACUUAAGGAAGUUGAUGCCCAUUUAUAAACUUUCAUUAAACCGCUUUAAUUGAUCAGUUGUAAUAUUAAUCGCCAGCUACCACAGCCGCGGGAAGUAGGGGCGCUACAGUACCUCCGGAAAUAUCGGAAUUACAUUAUGAAAACGUUUUUGUUGUUGUUUUGUUUAACAAAUGUAGGCCUUUACAAGUCCUGUAUUAGUGGACCUAUAUAGCAGUCUGUAGCGUGGGCAAAAUAAAAAUAAACAAUUCUACCCUGCCCGACAUUGCUCAGUUAGUGCCAAUUGAAGAUGUUGAGUAACUGCUUUUUUUAAAUCUUUUGAGUACUGUUUUUGAAUACGUUUUGGCAAUGGUUCCUGCUCUCUUUCCAACUAACUGUCUCAAUUUUGACUGUUUGUUUCCAAACAACUUUAAAAAAGAAAAGACAAAAUGUGUCUAGGAAAAAAUCAGCCAGUUUAAUAAUCAGUCGUCAUGCUAGCUAUUGGAGGUACACUGCCGUUCAAAAGUUUGGGUUCACUGAGAAAUGUCCUUGUUUUCCAUGAAAACAUACAUGAAAUGAGUUGCAAAAUGAAUAGGAAAUAUAGUCAAGACGUUGACACGGUUAGAAAGAAUGAUUUUUCAAUUGAAAUAAUAAUUGUGCCUUUCAAAACGUUGCUUUCGUCAAAGAAUCCUCCAUUUGCAGCAAUUACAGCCUUGCAGACCUUUGUUAUUCUAGUUGUCAAUUUGUUGAUUUCACCCCAUGCUUCCUGAAGCACCUCCCCACAAGUUGGAUUGGCUUGAUGGGCACUUCUUACGUACCAUACAGUCAAGCUGCUCCCACAACAGCUCAAUAAGGUUGAGAUCCGGUGACUGUGCUGGCCACUCCAUUAUAGACAGAAUUCAAGCUGACUGCUUCUUCCCUAAAUGGUUCUUGCAUAGCUUGGAGCUGUGGUUUGGGUCCUUGUCCCGUGACAAAAUUGGCUCCAAUUAAGCGCCGUCCACAGGGUAUGGCAUGGCAUUGCAAAAUGGAGUGAUAACCUUCCUUCUUCAAGAUCCCUUUUACCCUGUACAAAACUCCCACUUUACCACCGCCAAAGCACACCCAGACCGCCACAUAGCCUCCACAAUGCUUGACAGAUGGCGUCAAGCACUCCUCCAGCAUCUUUUCACUUUUCCUGAGUCUCACCAAUUGUCUUCUUUGUGAUCCGAACACCUCAAACUUAGAUUUGUCUGUCCAUAACACUUUUUUCCAAACUUCCUGUGUCCAGUGUCUGAGUUCUUUUGCCUAUCUUAAUCUUUUAUUUUUAUUGGCCAGUCUGAGAUAUGGCUUUUUCUUUGCAAUUCUGCCUAGAAAGCCAGCAUCCCGGAGUCGCCUCUUCACUGUUGACGUUGAGACUGGUGUUUUGCGGGUACUAUUUAAUGUAGCUGCCAGUUGAGGACUUGUGAGGCAUCUGUUUCUCAAACUCUAAUGUACUUGUCCUCUUGCUCAGUUGUGCACCGGGCCCUCCCACUCCUCAUUCUAUUCUGGUUAGAGCCAGUUUGUGCUGUUCUGUGAAGGGAGUAGUACACAGCGUUGUACGAGGUCUUCAGUUUCUUGGCAACUUCUCGCAUAGAAUAGCCUUCAUUUCUCAGAACAAGAAUAGACUGAAAAGUUUCAAAAGAAAGUUAUUUGUUUCUGGCCAUUUUGAGCCUGUAAUCGAACCCACAAAUGCUGAUGCUCCAGAUACUCAACUAGUCUAAAGAAGGACAGUUUUAUUGCUUCUUUAAUCAGCACCCCAGUUGUCAGCUGUGCUAACAUAAUUGCAAAAAAGUUUUACAAUCAUCAAUUAGCCUUUUAAAAUUAUAAACUUGGAUUAGCUAUCACAACGUGCCAAUGGAACACAGGAGUGAUGGUUGCUGAUAAUGGGCCUCUGUACUCCUAUGUAGAUAUUCCAUAAAAAAUCAGCCGUUUCCAGCUCCAAUAGUCAUUUACAACAUUAACAAUGUCUACACUGUAUUUCUGAUCAAUUUGAUGUUAUUUUAAUAGACAACAAAAUUGUUUUUAUUUCAAAAACAAGGACAUUUCUAAGUGACCCCAAACCUUUGAACGGUAGUGUAUGUAGACCUUGCUACACAUGAAAUCGAUAGAAGCUAACUCAAAAGUACCUUAAAGUUACCUGCAUUCACACAGAAUUCCUUUUUCCCAAAGAAAAUGGGGAAUUGGCUCCCAUGUACUCCUCACUCUACACUUUGGAGUACAAUGCAGGGAGUGAAAGGAGUUCAGAAUUAGUAGCGAUUAGCUAUAGGUAUUGACAUCCAGCAGACACUGUGGCCUUUCAGGGCCUGAGUUGAGUGCCUAUAGGAACCUUUGGAAGGUUGGAGUGUUUCGUGAAGCAGGAUUAGAAAGUUAGCAAGCAAACUUUUCCAAGUAUCCUUUUCAAGUAUGUUAAAACUAUUUUUUUUAUUUUUAUAUAUUGUUUCUCAAGAUGGCUUAUUUCAAAGAUUGGUCAAUACUACUUAAUAACCUAUUAUUCUAGCAACUGACGGUGAUUCUACUUUAGCUGUCUUUAUUGGCAAGAAAAUUGAGUUGUUUGAGAAUUGUUUCUAAAAAAAUGUUCGCUUGUUAAAUGAAUAAUCCUGUUUUUAAGACACUGCACCAUGUCACAUUCGAUGGAAAGACCGAAACAACAAGAGCACUUACAGUAUUGUUUUGUAACACAACGCGUACAUUUGGAUGAAUAUGCUAUCAAUUACUGCCUGUCGAUGUCAGCGUUAUAUGGCUGCAAUUAUCAAAGUCAUUUGUCUAAUUUCUUGCAAUGUGUGUUCUUUGUUUUUAUUUCUUUUUAAGAUGUUUUUUUUUCUUCUUCUAUUACAACAGACAUUAUAAAUGGGUGUUUAUGUCAUGUUAUUUUUGUCCGAUGUUUUGCAAAUCAAAUAAUAAACGACUGUGCAUAGUGUUGUGUUUCUGUCUGUUUG